AUGGGUGUCAAUAUUCGAUCUAGCAAGUCAAGAGAAGAGGUUGGUAACAUUGUUGGAGUAUUGUUUGGAACGAUGCCUUUCAAUAUUCGUUUGUCACCUCUAGAAAGAUUUUCAAUCAUCCACCAUUACAUGAAUUUAGCAAAAUUCUUGCCACAACCAUAUUUCAACAGAUAUUUACUAUGGUUAGCCACAACCUUGCUACCCAAAUCCUUGUCAGUGGCAUUACUGAAUUGGGGAGCAUCCUCAUCGACUUUCACAAUUUCUAACGUACAAGGUCUUCACUCUCCUGAAGAUGAAAUUUCCUUCAAGUUACUCGGUCACGACUUGAUGCAAGGUGUUGGAUUCAUUCCUCUUGUGAAACCUAUCGGUGUGAAUUGCACAUUGAUGUCUUUCAAUGGCCGAGUUGGCAUUUCUGUAGUGUGUGACAAGGGAAUUAUUCCUGAUGCUCAUGCAGUGACUCAAUGUAUUAGAGAAGAAUAUCUAGCUCUUAGAAAAGAACUGGGUAUUUAA